GGUCCUGAUUCCCGUCUGGGUACCAGCUUCCUUCAACAGCGCAGACGGCGGGGCCCACGGCUAGGGGAAGGAGAAGGAAUCAGUUUGCUGGAAUUUUGCAGGUCUGCAGGUCUGUCGUUCAUAGCAGUAUGCAAGGCUAGAAAAGGCAAGGAAGAAAGUGACCGGAUCAGUAAAGAAAUAAUUGUUUUCAAAGAGGAAUAAGUGGAGACAAAGCAAGGAAGAGGGAAAGGAAGAAAGGAAGAGAGGCAGACAAGAUGAAACCCUGUCAAAAAAUGGAAGGAAAACCAGAAGAUGAGAGUGAACCAAAGCUUGAGGAAGAGCCAAAGCCUGAGGAAAAGCCAGAGGAGGAGGGAAAAACAGAAGGAACUUUUAGAGAAAGGCUGAUUCAGUCUCUACAGGAAUUUAAAGAAGAUAUACACAACAGGCAUUUAAGCAAGGAAGAUAUGUUUAGAGAAGUGAAUGAAAUAGAUGAGAUAAGGAGAGUAAGAAACAAACUUAUCGUGAUGCGUUGGAAGGUUAAUCGAAACCAUCCUUACCCCUAUUUAAUGUAG